UUGCAAGUUUGAUAUUUGAAGGACGAGAACCGCAAAGACCAUCUUUCUGUGAUCCCACCCAAAUUCUUGUGCGUCUUUGAAGUUGGUGAUUGCGAUGCUACACGAACUCCUACUGUCACUGUUAGGCUACACAGGAGACCUAAUCGUCGACGAGAGAGAUCGGCAGUUAUCCGUUGGUUUGUCUCCCGACGACCCCAUCUCCAAUCAAUGCACCUUCAAGCUUGCUUCCGACAUAUCUUUUGUCGAGCCCAGCGAAAGGGAUAUUAUUGAGAAGACGAUUGCUUUAGGGUUUUACUAUCGUGAACUUGAUCGAUUUGCCACCAAGUCACGAAAUUUAAGCUGGAUAAGGCCCCGGAAUGAGUCUCCUAUGCCAUACACUUCUGUCUUUCCAAAAGAGAAGAUGGAGAAUCAGAGUGUCUAUAGGAGGGCCAUUGCAAAUGGCAUUACAGAAAUUCUUUCUGUUUACAGAUCUGCCAUUUUGCAUAUGGAGCAGAAGUUACUAUCAGAUCAUCUACCCAUCUUAGCUACAGUUACUCAAGGCCUGAACAAGUUUUUUGUUCUUCUGCCACCUCUAUAUGAGCUGAUUCUAGAGAUUGAGCGUGAUGGCAUUUGUGGAGGGAAGCUUCUUAAUCUUCUACAUAAACGAUGUCACUGUGGGGUCCCAGAGUUGCAGACAUGCAUUCAGAGACUUCUUUGGCAUGGACAUCAGGUCAUGUACAAUCAACUUGCUUCCUGGAUGGUGUAUGGGAUUCUUCAUGAUCAAUAUGGAGAAUUUUUCAUCUCAGAGAAAGAAGGAAACUCAGAUAUGAACAUGACUGAGAAGUUAACACGUAUGUCAGUUAAUGAUGGAACUUUAAGUGAUUGGCAUUUGGGAUUUCAUAUUUCCUCGGAUAUGUUGCCAGAGUAUAUUCCAUUACACGUGGCAGAAUCCAUUCUAUUUGCUGGAAAAGCAAUUAGGGUUCUUCGUAAUCCAAGUUCUGCAUUCCGUUCUGUAGAUGCAAAACAUACAAAAUUAAUGGGAGAUGAACUUCUGCCACAAUCUGAAGCUGAUAAGAUUGAAUCCAUGCUUCAAAAUCUUAAGGAAUCAUCCGAGUUUCACAAAAGAUCAUUUGAGGGUUCUGUUGAUUCAAUCAGAGCUAUUGCAGCAAGUCAUCUUUGGCAGCUUGUGGUUGUACGUGCUGAUCUAAAUGGACAUUUGAAAGCCAUCAAAGAUUACUUCCUUCUUGCAAAAGGCGAUUUCUUUCAGAGUUUUCUUGAGGAGAGCCGUCAGUUGAUGCGUUUACCACCUCGACAGUCAACUGCUGAAGCUGAUCUUCUGGUUCCAUUCAGACUGGCAGUAACAAAGACUAUCAGUGAUGAUGAUAAGUAUUUUUCAAGAGUAACUCUAAGGAUGCCUGGUAUUGGGGUCAAAGCAGAUGUAUCCAAGUCAAAAUAUGUUGAUGGUGAUUCAAGUUUGUUAUCUGAUACUUCAAUGGAGAUGUCACUUGAUGGGUGGGAUGGUAUAGCCCUAGAAUAUUCCAUUGAUUGGCCCUUACAAUUGUUCUUCACACAACAAGUUCUCUCCAGGUAUCGGAGGAUUUUUCAGUAUUUACUGAGGUUAAAGAGGACACAGAUGGAAUUAGAGAAGUCAUGGGAAUCAGUAAUGCAGCAAGACCACUCUAAUUUUUCCAAACGUGUAAAUGGAUCAAAAUCAACAUCAACAUCACAACAGAGAAGACAAUGCUUUAGGCCUAUGUGGCGUGUUAGAGAGCAUAUGGCAUUCUUGAUUAGAAAUCUUCAGUUUUAUAUCCAAGUUGAUGUCAUAGAAUCUCAAUGGAACGUAUUACAAAACCAUAUACACGAGUCACGUGAUUUCGCUCAGCUGGUUGACUUUCAUCAAGAAUACCUGUCAGCUUUGAUUUCACAAUCCUUCUUGGAUAUUGGCUCUGUAUCAAGGAUAUUGGAUGGAAUCAUGAAGCUUUGCUUGCAGUUUUGCUGGAAGAUUGAAAACCAGGACACCAAUGCAAGCACUGUUGAACUCGAACGUAUAACCGAGGAAUUUAACAAGAAGUCAAAUUCGUUGUACACAAUAUUGCGAAGCAGCAGGCUUGCGGGAAGUCAGCGGGCCCCUUUUCUUAGGCGUUUCCUUUUGCGACUAAACUUUAAUUCCUUCUUUGAGCAAACCGCACAAGGAGUUAUGAAUGUCAUAAGGCCACGUCAAACUAUCCCAGUCCUACAACGGUAGCCAGCAUUUUUGUCAUAGGGUUAAUUAAAUGUAAGAAAUAUCAUACUAUGUUCUUGUGGUUAUCAGAUUCUAAGAUUAAAGUGUAUGAUGUGACGUAAUGUAAUGUAAAUCGUAAUU